AUUUGCAUGUGGCGGAGUGAUUAGUGGGUUUGAAAAGCGAACCGUGGUGGCUCGGCCUCAUUUCCCGCUCUGGUUCAGGCGCAGGAGGAAGUGUUUUGCUGGAGGAUGAUGACAGAGGUCAGGCUUCGCUAAUGGGCCAGUGAGGAGCGGUGGAGGCGAGGCCGGGCGCCCGGCACACACACAUUAGCACACUUGAGCCAUCACCAAUCAGCAUAGGGAUCUGAGAAUUGCUCUCACACACCAACCCGGCAGCAUCCGUGGAGGGAACUCUCGCCAGCAACUCCUCUAAAACACCGUCAUUUCAAACCGAGGUGGUCUCUAAGCAGCAAUAACAGCCACAAAAAACCCCUCAACACCCAAGCAAACAAAACUCUUGACAGGAGCUUGGAUGGGAGAGGAUGCCUCAUAAAGGGGGAAGACCUUAACUAGGGGCGCGCAGAUGUGUGAGACCUUUUAUUGUGAGAGUGGACAGACAUCCCAGAUUCCAGAAUCCCAUAUUCGAGCCCCGUGGGAUCCCGCGCCCCACAGCCAGUGCCAGCAUGCAGAACAGUCACAGUGGAGUGAAUCAGCUAGGUGGUGUCUUUGUCAACGGGCGGCCACUGCCAGACUCCACCCGGCAGAAGAUCGUGGAGCUAGCACACAGCGGGGCCCGGCCGUGCGACAUUUCCCGAAUUCUGCAGACCCAUGCAGAUGCAAAAGUCCAAGUGCUGGACAAUCAAAACGUGUCCAAUGGAUGUGUGAGUAAAAUUCUGGGCAGGUAUUACGAGACUGGCUCCAUCAGACCCAGGGCAAUCGGUGGUAGUAAACCAAGAGUAGCGACUCCAGAAGUUGUAAGCAAAAUAGCCCAGUAUAAGCGGGAGUGUCCGUCCAUCUUUGCUUGGGAAAUCCGAGACAGAUUACUGUCGGAGGGGGUCUGUACCAACGAUAAUAUACCAAGUGUGUCAUCAAUAAACAGAGUUCUUCGCAACCUGGCUAGCGAAAAGCAACAGAUGGGCGCAGACGGCAUGUAUGAUAAACUAAGGAUAUUGAAUGGGCAGACCGGAAGCUGGGGCACCCGUCCGGGUUGGUAUCCAGGGACUUCAGUGCCAGGGCAACCUACCCAAGAUGGCUGCCAGCAACAGGAAGGAGGGGGAGAGAAUACUAACUCCAUCAGUUCCAAUGGAGAAGAUUCAGAUGAAGCCCAAAUGCGACUUCAGCUGAAGCGGAAGCUACAAAGAAAUAGAACAUCCUUUACCCAAGAGCAAAUUGAGGCCCUGGAGAAAGAGUUUGAGAGGACCCAUUAUCCAGAUGUGUUUGCCAGAGAAAGACUAGCGGCCAAAAUAGAUCUACCUGAAGCAAGAAUACAGGUAUGGUUUUCUAAUCGAAGGGCCAAAUGGAGAAGAGAAGAAAAACUGAGGAAUCAGAGAAGACAGGCCAGCAACACACCUAGUCAUAUUCCUAUCAGCAGUAGUUUCAGCACCAGUGUCUACCAACCAAUCCCACAACCCACCACGCCUGUUUCCUCCUUCACAUCGGGCUCCAUGUUGGGCCGAACAGACACAGCCCUCACCAACACGUACAGCGCUCUGCCACCCAUGCCCAGCUUCACCAUGGCCAAUAACCUGCCUAUGCAACCCCCAGUCCCCAGCCAGACGUCCUCGUACUCCUGCAUGCUGCCUACCAGCCCUUCGGUGAAUGGGCGGAGUUAUGAUACCUAUACCCCCCCACAUAUGCAGACACACAUGAACAGCCAGCCAAUGGGCACCUCGGGCACCACUUCCACAGGACUCAUUUCCCCUGGUGUGUCAGUUCCAGUUCAAGUUCCUGGAAGUGAACCUGAUAUGUCUCAAUAUUGGCCAAGAUUACAGUAAAAGAAAAAAAAAAAGAAAGAAAAUAUAUCAUGUUAAUUCAGUCAGUGACUAUGUGGACACAACAGUUGGGCGUUCAGGAAGGAAAGGAAAAUGGCUGUUAGUAGCACUUCAGUUCUGCGAUUGUGCCCCGAGUUGUACCACGGGGGCAUGGACUUGGAACAAGGACCUUUGUAUACAGAAGGCACGAGAUCGGUUGGAACAAAUCUUCAUUUUGGUAUCCAAACUUUUAUUCAUUUUGGUGUAUUAUUUGUAAAUGGGCGUUUGUAUGUUAUAAUGAAAAAAAGAACAACAUAGACUGGAUGGACAUUUGAUCUGUGCUGGUCAUGAAGUUUUUUUUUGUUUUGUUUUGUUUUUAAGGAAACCAUGAUCAACAAGCUUUGCCAUGAAUUUAAGAGUUUUAUUGAGAUAUAUCGAAUACUUCUACCCAUCUGUUCAUAGUUUAUGGACUGAGGUUCCAAGUUUGUAUCAUUCCUUUGCAUAUAAUUAAACCUGGAACAAAAUGCACUAGAUUUAUGUAAGAAAUAUCUGUUGGUUUUCCAAAGGUUGUUAACAGAUGAAGUUUAUGUGCAAAAAAAGGGUAAGAUAUAAAUUCGAAGAAGAAAAAAGUUGAUAGCUGAAAGGUAGAGCGUGUCUUCGGUAUAAUCCAAUUUGUUUUUAUGUCAAAAUGUAAGUAUUUGUCUUCCCUAGAAAUCCUCAGAAUGAUUUCUAUAAUAAAGUUAAUUUCAUUUAUAUUUGA